AAACUACAAGCGAGCGAGUGGAAGUCAGUCAGUCAGUCAGUCAGCCAGUCAGGGGAAGAAGAAGCCAAAGCGGCGAGCCACCAGCAGAGAAAGUGAGAACGUCGUCGACGACGACGACGACGACGACGUCGAGGACGAGGUGGACACCGAAGAGAAGAAAGACGACGACGACAACGGCUGCGAGGAGCCCGAGAAGCACGAAGAGAAGGCGGCCUGUUCAGGGAGCUCGUGCCUCUGUAUACGUUAGUCGGGCUUUGAGUCAGCUUGCCUCGAAGGCAGUUUAUCUUUAGCGUUGGGGGCCUGACGGACUCCUCGGUGGAGCGCGCGAGGUAGCCGACUCGAGUCCCGAGACAGUGGAAAGUGCCUCGUUUAACCAUCCUGCGCGCCGACUAUUUAUUCAGCUCUGUUUAAGCACAAACUUUGUUUAUAUUCCAUUUAUUUCGAGCCAAUUCAUCGAUUCGAAAAGCUACGAGAGACCUUCCGGAGUCAGUGCGCUUGGCAGUUCCUUAAAGCUGGCUGGUUUGAAUUGAGCGGAAAAUCGUCGCGUAUACCAAUGUGAAAAUAAUAUCGAUCGUUGAAAGUGAUUUUUUCCGACCCUUAUGGGUCUGGAGUGCGCGAUUCAGUCGUCAACGAGCAGCCCUUUGAAGAACUCUCGAAAAACAGACCUCAAGGGGGUUUAAAGUUGAAGAAUUUCUUGCACGAAUGGCCAACGGAAACGUACGAAGAGCGCAUAUAAAAUGAUCAAAUGAGAGAGGCGCGAUGCGGGGGAGGAAACAAGCCGAUUAACGCUGUCGAAAGGAAGAAAAAUUCUUUUAGUGAUCGCACUUCAUUUCGUAUCGAAUAAAUAACUCAUUUAGGAAAGGAACGACGGAUCGAUGAUGCGGAGCAAGCGCGAUGAAGGCGUGCGAAUCGGUGCGAAAUUUAUAAUACUUCAAAAAUUCGGCGUUUUUCAAAAACGAGUUUAGUGCCUUGGCAUUAUUGAACCGACCGUUUGCUUCAUCGACGACGAAAAAACACUCGGACUAUUUGGACUCCCCGUUCGGGCGAUAUCAGACUUUUGGAUUAUUUGGAAGGAAAAAUAAAAAAAAAAAAAAAAAUCGACAAACAAAAUAGAAAUCGAGGCCCCGCGUACGAUGACGACGUUGAGAAAGUGCCGCUGGUUUCUGACCUUGGGAAUGAUAACUCUGUGGGUUGACAUCGCUCGCGGAUCAUCGAGCGGUCGCGCCGGGGACAUUGGCCUCCGAGCGCCAUUAGGAAAAUCGCCCGCGGCAGUGGGCGCGAUAUCGAGCGGCCUUGAGAGCAUUGCCAACCGAACGGAUCCGAAGGACGAACGGGUCGCGAGGGAAAGACGUUUCAUCCGUUUUCCGACGGGCCCCGGAGCCAUUUACGAAGGGCCCGGACCGACCGGGAGGAACAUCGCUUUCACUGGGAUCCGCUUCGCGCCUCAGCAUCCGCAGUAUCCGCCGUGGCGACAGCAGAAAUCUUCUUACUGGAGAUCGCCGCCGUCGUCCUCGUCCGCACCCAACGAAUAUCCCAGGCCGGUGAUGGCUCAUCGCACUCCGAGGCUCAUUUUCAGGGACGAUUUCCCAUCCUUGCCGACCGGUGGAGCCGGUGUCUCCUUCUUUCAGUCGAAUCAACUUCCCGAAUUGGACGAAGAUUAUCGAGAUUUUUUUCCAGACCACCGCAAGCCCAUUGCCAACGAUUUUCCAAGACUGGACACAGAAUCGCGGAAAGAGAGCAAAAGACCGCUGUGGGAAGGUGACGAUACUUUGUGCGCUGACGGACGGAGCUGUGAAUUUUUUCUUAAGUGCUGGAUGUCCGCCGGCCUUUUGGACGGCAGUUGUGGUGGGAUUAUGUACGCUUGUUGCCAUCGCAAAGACGCUAAAGCUAUUAGCUCAUCACCCGAUUAUAAUACUAUCACGAGCGAAUCGACCAGAGAUCAUUUACAGCCUCAGUUUCCACCGGAUAUCGACGCAUCGAAUAUCGAGCAUCGUUGUGGAAUAUCGACGACGAAACAAACGGCUCAGAGACGAAUAGUUGGCGGUGACGAAGCCGGCUUUGGAAGCUUUCCGUGGCAGGCUUACAUAAGAAUUGGGUCGAGUCGGUGUGGCGGAACGUUGGUCAACCGAUACCACGUGGUGACCGCUGGUCAUUGCGUUGCCAAGGCAACUGCUCGUCAAGUUCAAGUGACUCUUGGCGAUUACGUCGUCAAUUCAGCCUCGGAAACGCUGCCGGCUUACACUUUCGGUGUUCGCGAGAUCCGAGUCCAUCCCUACUUCAAAUUCACUCCCCAGGCCGAUCGGUUCGACGUCGCGGUACUGCGACUCGAUCGCCCGGUCCACUACAUGCCUCAUAUUUCUCCGAUCUGCCUGCCCGACAGAAACGAAGAUUUUUUGGGACAAUAUGGUUGGGCUGCGGGUUGGGGUGCUCUGCAAGCGGGAUCGAGGCUGAGGCCAAAAACUCUGCAAGCUGUCGACGUGCCAGUGAUCGACAACAGAGUCUGUGAGAGGUGGCAUCGAUCGAAUGGCAUCAACGUUGUUAUUUACGACGAGAUGAUGUGUGCUGGAUAUCGAGCAGGGGGCAAAGACUCGUGUCAAGGCGAUAGCGGAGGUCCACUGAUGCUGGAGAAAACGGGACGAUGGUACUUGAUUGGAAUCGUAUCGGCAGGAUAUUCCUGCGCUCAGCCAGGACAGCCAGGAAUUUAUCAUCGUGUCGCAAAAACGGUUGAUUGGAUAACUUACGUUAUAAAUUCGUAGCUCAGUGAAAGCGCGCGGUGAUUCAUAAGUGAGAGGAGCCCCGAGAAGAUAAAAUUCUUUCGGGGUUAUUUCGAUUCCGCCCAAUCCUUCGACAACGAGAAAAAAAAAAAACGGUCGAAAGGGCAAACAUACGUGAGCAAAAUGAGUGAUUCUUUAUUAAUGACACGACGAUAUUUAUUACUUUUCGAUUUUUUACUUGUCCGCGUGCGAAUGUGCGAAUGUGUGAACGACUGUUUUAUCCAGAGCAUGAAUUCGGAUGGAAAAUUGGCCUGUUGAUACGUCGCCGAAUCAACUUUCGUUGUAAAAAAAGGGACCAACUGUUUAGGCAUUAAUGUGAUACAUCCGUUGUGUAAAUAUUUAACGUCACAUAUCUUUACAUGUUUUUAUAUCUAUUUUAUUGUCAGUAUAAUUAUUUUUAUCCAAGAUAAUAAAUUAUGACGCAUUAAUUAAAUCGCGACGAGUGUUGAUGAAUUCUGUUGAAAUUCACACUCUGUCGAUUCAUCGACGAAGCAGUACUUUUUCUUUCUCGUUUCAAAUAUCUUUCUUUAAUUUACGUGUGUUUUUGUUUAUUUAUAUUUAUUAUUUGUAUCAAAUAAACACGACUUU